AACACGUGUUUUCCGAUACAAACUAAUUGUCAUUUUUUUUAUUGAAAUAAUUGUCGGUAACUUUGAGACCUAAUUUUAGUGACCAAAUGGAUGACCAUUUAAGCGACGACUCGUCUGACAAUGACUGGAGUGGCGCUGAAGAACUCGAAGACUGGACUCAAGAAUUAACUGAUAUAUUGUGUCUGUUUUGCGAUCAAACCGUCAAAUCGAUGUCCGAUUGUUUGUCGCACUUAAAAAUUGGUCACAACUUUGAUUUGAUCCAACUAUGUGUUGUCCAUCAUMUGGAUUGUGUUGAUUAUAUUAAAUUAAUUAAUUAUAUAAGAUUUAAUCGACCAAAAAGUGAUGAAAUAAAACAAUUGAUUGAAUCAAAAGUUUAUAACUCAGACGACUUCAUGAAACCAGUCUUAAGUGAACCAUUGGAUCAGAUGCUGACAUUCGAUAUUGAAAGUCAUUACAGCGAAGUGUUAACAAAUUUAAAUGAAGAUAAAAAUUGUGGAAAAUUGUCUGAAAAAGAGCUGAUCGAUAGGUUAAAGAAAAGUGAAGAAAACGUCGAAACACUGACAAAACAAUUGUCUGAAAUGCGACGUCUGGUCAACGAUUGUAUGGAAGAUGAGAUGGAAAUACUGGAACCGAAGCAAAAUGUUGGCCAACUGUCCAAACAGGAGGACUCGCAUUACGUUUCUUCAUAUUCUCAUUACUCCAUUCAUUACGAUAUGUUGAGUGAUAAAAGCAGAACUCAAGCCUAUGAAGACGCCAUCGUUAAGAAUAACCAUUUCUUUAAAGACAAAACUGUUUUGGACAUCGGCUGCGGUACAGGUAUUUUGAGUUUGUUUGCGGCCAAAGCCGGUGCUAAACUAGUUGUGGCCGUCGAUCAAAGCGAUGUCAUCUAUAAGGCGAUGGACAUUGCGGUCGAAAAUGGACUCAACAAUAGAAUUAAGUUUAUCAAAGACAGAAUUGAAUGGAUUAAAUGGGAUUUACAUGAUUUGCCACAAAAGUAUGACAUAAUUAUAUCCGAAUGGAUGGGAUAUUUCUUACUGUUUGAAGGAAUGUUAGACUCAAUACUAUAUGCACGGGAUGUUUGUCUUAACGAUAGCGGUCUUCUUCUGCCAAACAGAUCUUCCCUAUCGAUCGCCGGUGUCUGUGAUAAACACUUCCAAAAGAAUUUCGUCAGCUUUUGGGAUGAUGUCUAUGGAUUUAAGAUGACAUCUAUGAAGAGUGAUGUUCUAAAAGAAGCUCAAAUUGAAUCAAUUUCUUCAGAUAUGAUUAAUACAAGUGUUUAUUCAAUAAAAGAAUGGAAUCUAAUGGAGUGUUCACUUGAAGAGACAAAAGGAUUUGAAACCGAUUUUAAGUUAAUUUGUAAAAGAGAUGACUCAUUGACAGCUAUUGUCGGAUGGUUUGACUGUCAGUUUAAUUCCGAUCUAUUGGACCAUAAAGUGACUCUUUCGACAUCUCCGUCAAGUGAAUGCACGCAUUGGAAACAAACGGUUUUCAUUCUCAAAGAACCAAUUGUCUGUAAAACUGAUGAUACAAUCGAUGGUAAUAUCAAAGUUUGUCGAAAUAAACAUGAAAUUCGUUCACUAAUUGUCGAGAUUGUCAUAACUGGUUAUGAAAAACAAGUCUAUCACUUGUCUUAG